AUGUCAAGGGGUCAUCAGCAACGAUUGGAGGAAGACUACAAUAUGGAGAGCUCAAUCACAGUGAGAGAUCGAGGUAUAGUCGAGACCCAGGCGAGACAGCGCCACAGGCGGGAUCUGGACAUGCCGAUCAGCGACCUCUUCAGGUCGACUCAGCCGGCCGAAUCCUAUGUCCAACCCCGCCCACGCAGGCAAGGGGACUAUCGAGACUAUUCCCCGUACAAAACGCCAAUCAGAGAGAGGUCCUCUAUUCCGAGGCCCUCGGUCCCCAGGGAAACGGACGAAGACGAAGACACGAAUAUGGACGUGGAGGAACGCCGUAUCGAGCACCCCUUUGGAGAAAUCAUCGGGCAGGAAAUCGAACGGAGAGGAGACCCAGUGGUUCAGCAGCUGAGUCGCGGACUUGGAGACCUCUCUGUGAGCGUCCAAGACCUCCCUAUAAUCAGGGACAUCAAUCGGCAGCACUCCGCGCAGCUCGCCCAGCAGCACGAAGAGCAGACCAAACUCAUCCGCGAAUUGCAGAUGAAGUUCAACCAGGACCAAGAAGAACGAGAACGUCGCGAAGGGAUUAUCCUCGCGCAAGUGCGGGCAGAGACAGCCACAACCACUACGAAUCUCGGCCAAGUCUUGGAGCAGAUCGUCAACACUACUAGGGCCCACCAACAGCGGCAGGAAGAGCAGGCCCAGCAUAUAACCAUGCUGGCUGACUGGAUCCAACAGCUGCCAAAAGAAGGCCCAGCCCAAGUCCCAGAAGGCGUAGCAGCCACCCUGGCACAAUUGGAGAGGACUAUGCAGCAGCAGGCCUCACUGGUAGAUGGGUUCUCCGGAACAAAGACGGCCCUAGAAGAUAUGAUGGAGCAAAUGAAGGAAACAGCCCGUAAAACGGCUGCGGAACGACCACUGGCCCCAGAGACAGGUGGCGGUGGAUCAGGCCCACCUCCCCAACCACCUCCCAAAUCACCAGUCGCCUCUCCAGCUGGCUCCGAAUCCAGUGAAGACCCCGAGGACCAAAGCCUAGCACCAAGAAGCAACUCUGAGCGUAGUAGCCAACAAGGGAAGCAAGCAGGUCAAGGAGCACAAGGUGGAGGCAACGGGAAUGGCAAUAAGGGAGGUAACGCCCCUGGUGGACCAGGACCUCCAGGAUCAUCCUCAUCGGACUCCUCAGAUUCGGAAAACGAACGCCGCAGGCGGCUGGAAUAUAAAAAACGAAGACAGGGAAGGAGGCGCCAACGAGAGAAAGAACUCUCGCACCCCCCUCGUGCCACCGUAGGUGAUGCACCCAAAAAAGCCAACAUUCCCUUCUCCGGAAAAGCCGAUCAAGACGUAAGACUCUGGAUCGACCAGAUGGAGAUCCUAAUCAGUCUCCAGAAAAAGGUCCAAUGGGAUAACGGCACCAAGAUUAUGUGGGCAUCACUCGAGUUUACCGGUAGUGCGGCGAAUUUUUGGCGAAAUUUCACGGAGAGGUUAGCUUUGGAUAGCAGCAUCGGAACCUGGGAACGGUUCAAGCAAGAGCUCUGUACCCAAUACGGCAACCGUACAAGUCAGGAACAGGCCAAGCAGAAGAUGGAUAAACUCCGGCAAACUGGCCCAAUCGACGACUACAUCAAUGAAAUGCAAAAUCUAGAAUGGGACGCAUGA